CAGUCUAAUGACAGUUCUCGAACCAAUCGCAAACAGUGGUGGUGAAAAAGGCAAUUCCGUGUGAAAAGCCGAUCUCGGAAAAGGGCUUUUAAUUGUGGGCCCCUUUUUCACGUGUAAAUUACAUUCACGUACCUCCGAUUUGUCGCCCGGCUGGUACGGCAAGAUUAUUCCAAGUUUCCGUCUACCGCCGCCGGGUUAUUAGCCGUCGAAGUGAUCGUAAUCGUCGUCCCUCGGAAGAAGUCGCCGUCGUCGUCGUCGUCGUGAAAAUCCGUGUUCCGGUUCCGGUUUCCGAGUGCAUCGGACAGCGCGCGACUAUUUUAUUACCACGACCCCCCGCCGGUUCCGUCCUUCUAACCGCGCGUGUUAGGCCCGCGAGCAAACCAUAUUACGCGUAUAACUCCCCCCCGUAUCCAUUGCAUCCUCCGCGUGCCCCGGCCCCGGGGCAUGAGCAAAGCGGUCAAGAUAGAUUCGACUAGCGAAAGCGGGCGGGAGCUGCCGCCCGGUACGUUCAAGCUCUUCAUCGGCAAUGUGGACGAGAAGACGCAACCGUCCGAGCUGCGGCCACUGUUCGAAAAGUAUGGCACGGUCGUCGAGUGCGACGUGGUGAAGAACUUCGGGUUCGUGCACAUGGAGAACGAGGACCAGGGGCGGGAAGCGAUCCAGCACCUGAACGGGUACGUGAUCGGCGGGCAGCCGAUCAAGGUGGAGGCGGCCCGGAGCCGCCGGGCCCCGAACGCCAACACGACCAAGAUCUUCGUCGGCAACCUGACGGACAAGACGCGCGCGCCGCAGGUCCGCGAGCUGUUUCAGAAGUUCGGCUCCGUCGUGGAGUGCGACAUCGUGCGCAACUACGGCUUCGUGCACCUCGACCCGACCGGCGACGUGAACGAAGCGAUCCGCGAGCUGAACGGCAUGAUGGUGGACGGCCAGCCGAUGAAGGUGCAGGUGUCCACCAGCCGGGUCCGGCCGAAGCCGGGCAUGGGCGACCCGGAACAGUGCUACCGGUGCGGCCGGGCCGGCCACUGGUCGAAGGAGUGCCCGCGCCUGAUCUGGGCCGAGCGGGGCUUCCGCGAGCGCAGCAUGUACGCGCGGGAUCCGUAUCCGCCGCCGCCGCCGCCGCCCUUCCUUCGCGAUCGUAUAAUGGACGGAUUUCGGGACACCUUUGACUACUACGACCGGUAUGAGGAUCCGCGCGACCUGUUCGAACGCCGGUACGGCAUCCGGGGACGUGAUUUUCCCCCCAUGAGGCGGGAACCGAUGCCACCGAUACCGCCGCUGAUGCGGCGCAGCGUCACGGAAAGCAGCCGGGCCAGCAGCAGCAGCUACGAGGCGAUCUUUAGCCGCCGGACGCCACCACCGGCCAGCCGGAACGGUACGAGCAGCAUCAGCCGGUUCGGCGUAUACGAAGACUUUAGCCGCGACUCGUUCGACGAUCGGCGUGGGCUGCGCGGACCGUCGCCCACCCAUCGAUACGCACCGUACUGAGACGGAUGGAAUUAGGGCGGCGGACCACUCCGCCGCCAUUGUGGUGGGAAAAAGGGGAGAGAAUUUCUGACAAAUUCGAUGGACAUGGAAUCGAAUGUUGCUCACAGCCGAUGGAAUUUAGUGGGGGAGGGAUAUUCGUGUAAAAUCGCGCAACAACUGCAACAAAACACACUCAAAUGUUUGUGUAUUGCACACACUCUACUGCAAAAGGGAUGGAAAAGGGGGACGUAAAGAUUGAUUGUGGAGCCAGUGCCACACGUGGCGGCCCCUAUACCAUGCUCUGGUUGGACGCAAUGAUGCUGCAAGGUUGUACUUACAGCUGUUUAGAAACUGUAAAACGAAAAGAACAGAGAGGAAAACAAGGCAUAUUACAAUUAUCCGUUGUUAUCUGUAAAGAGAGGGGGUGAUGGUACACUAUUGCAGCUAUAGUGCCCGGGUUUACCGGGAAAACGUCCUAGAAAGGAAUAACAAAUUCUCAGCAAUCGUGGCGAGAGUGCAUUUCCUCUGCAAAACAUUUCUUCAUCCACAUUUUAAUUUACACAUAGUGAAGUAUUUUCACCCAGUAGCUCGUAUGAACUAUUUUAUCAGCGUUACUCAUCCUCAUUUGGACUUUUUUUCUGUUUUGUCGCUUUUAUAUGUUUAACCGUUGCUACAUUACAGUACAGCCGUAAAUAUUGUAAAGUUCUUAACGCGCUAGAUGGAGAGGGAGAGAGAGGAUUAACAAGGGGCGGGAUAUGAUUCCUUUUUUUAUAUGUUCAUAUGAUCUUUUGACAUUGAAAUCUUGACGUCCUUGCGGAGGAUUUACAAGGUCAGCAGUCUCGUGCUGAGACCGAAAGAUGAGCAAAGAGAUCACGAACAGAGUGCAGAGAAACGGGCUACAACUGAAAGCUAUAACUUGUAAUAACUAUUCUUAAGCUACUACUGAAAGAUAUAAUAAAACGAAAUGUUUUAAAAUACCUUAA